AUGACGACCACCAGGCUCGUUCCCCAAUGGAACGAGUUUAUGCAUCUCGUGAAUGAAGCCAUUCAAAAGAGCAAGAACCUCACAGAGAUUGCAAAGAAUGAAGUAGUUGUGUUGAGUGACCGAGCCAAAAUACUGUUCAAAGAAACUUAUUCUCAGACCAUGCCGAUUGUAUGCCAUUACUUCAUUGAAGCCCACUUCUUUGCUGCCCUCUCCUGGGUGUCAUCCUAUACAAAAGAAAUCCUGGCUGUGGUGUGGAUGAAGAAUGAAAAUGAUGGCAUGGUUGAAAGGAAAACCUUCCCGAUGAAUGAGCAGCUGCCUCCCAUCAAGCUGCUCGUCCACGCGGGCUCCUUUCAUGUCAUUGUGGCCUACUGUGGCGACAUGAUCUUGAGGCUCUUUGGGGAUCAUUUCAGGGCAUUCCAACCCCUGAGUACUGUGCCCUGUCGCUUUGAUAUCAGCUGUCUCUGCUUUGAUCCAGUCACAGGGCUGCUUCUGGCUGGCACCCUGGGGGCGGUGGUCAGCUGGGUCAUUGAACAGAAAGGCAAGGGCCUCCAAAUGACUCAGAUAUUUUCCAUACCCGGUGAUGAGCUGGUCCAAAAGAUUGUUCAGAGUGGCCCCAACAACCAGCUCGUUGCCCUGUGUGAAACUGCGCUGAGAGUCCUUGAAUACAAAUACGGCCGGCUGGAGGAGGCGCAGAAGUUCAUAGCCACUAGCAGCGGCUCUCCCAUCACCUGCUGUUUCACUAGCCUCGAGAGGAACCUCAUCUAUGCUGGAAACAAGAGCGGGCAUGUUCACGUAUGGAAAGUAGGCGUAAGCCAGGCCCUCCACAGCUUCAGGGCCCACCCCUCCCCAGUGAUCUGUGUGCACGGCCGGGCAGAGGCCCACACCCUGCUAACGGCUUGCAAGGAAGGCGUCAUCAAGGAGUGGAACCUCACCUCGGGGACCCUGCUCCGGCAGCUGGUCCUCACGGAGGAGCUCUGGGACCUCCAGUUCAUCGACAGCAGCACUUUCUUCUGCCAGACAGCUCAGAACUUCACCUUGCGCCACCUGCCCUGCUUCUACAGCCUCUUCAACAUCUGCGGCUCCGCCCCGCAGCAGCUGAGCCGGAUCCGCUGCAAGGACAGCUGCUACCGGAUCCUGUGCGCCACCGAGGACGGCCUGCUGCGCUUCGUGUCCCCCGUCACGGGGGACCUCCUCAUGCUCACCUGGCCUCUGAAGAUCCUCGACCGGGCUGUGGACUGGGCCUACGACCCGAAUAAGGAGGAGCUCGUGGUGGCAACGGGGACCUCGCAGGUGCUGGUGUUUGACACGACCCGAAAUCCCUGCCCGGUCAAGUACCUCCUGUGUGCCUCACCAGAUGACCACGACUUCAUCCAGUGCCUGGCGUAUGGGAACUUCUACCUGGGGCGGGGGCUGGAGGGGCUGGUAUUCUCUGGGCAUCAGAGCGGCAUGGUGAAAGUGCUCUCCCAGCACAGCUGCGCCAGAGUUGAGAAAGUCAUGCACUAUGGGGCUGUGCUGGCUAUGUCCGCCCUCUACGGGGGGCUCCUGAGCAGCCGGGAAAACUCUCUGCUUUGUUCCUACGGGAUGGACGACUACAUACAACUGUCGGAAACCGUGUUCACUGGGGCCAGACUACAGUUUCGGACCUUGGCUAGCAUUCUUAGCAGCUGUCCCCUCAGACACCUGGUCCUCUUACCAAGGGCUGUAGGCGCCAUCACAGACACCAACUGCCUACGGCUCUGGAAGUUCCGUGACUUUCUGUCCUUCGGGUCGGAUCAGGGCACCCGAUUCAUCGAGACACUGCCUCUACACCAGUGUCCCAUCGUCAGCUUCGACGUCUGCUUGCCCUUGAGUCUCUUUGCCACCAGAGGGUCUGAUGGCUCCGUCCGCCUCUGGGACUUCCACGGUAGACUUCUAGCCAUGCUGGACUCAUCCCUGUACUUUGGCCCAGUCUGCUUUCUGAAUGACCGGGCUGACCUGCUGAUUACCUUCAACCAGGGUAUUUAUCUGGUGCCCUGUUUGAAACUGCUCCCCCCAAUCACGCUUACUCACCUCACCCUUAUGAGCAUAACAGAUGACAUGGUAGAAAUCCCCAAACCUUUCUCGCCAAGCUUCUUCCUCUCUUUUGAGACCAUAUUUGUGCCUAAGUAUACCUACCAAGAUUACCGGAAACAGGAGCUGGAAGGCCUGGCGAGCCUCGUAAAUAAGCGGGCCAUUGCCUUCGACAAUAAUGUGCCCCACGUCGUAGAAGAAGAAUACGACGGGGCCACCAUGCUGCUGAGUGUCUGCGAGGAGGACAUUCUGGAGGAAACUGACGUGGAUGCGGGUAGCAGGAAACCCCAAGGUCAUUAUGCGGCUCCUCCUCAGUUACAGUUGACUGCCUGGGACGGGCUCAACCCCUACCACAUACUGCGAUGCUAUUUUGGUCAUGGGAGGAAAUGGCUUCUUGCUCCUGAUUGCUAUAUUCCCAACUCGGUGAUCCGUGCCCGUCUCUGGCCAGAAGGCACCCCGGUAUUCCUACAGUGCAGACUGCACCCACCCCAACGGCCUCUGGACUGGGAAAAGAGUCCGUCGUUCUUCUGGAAGAGAAAGAAAAGAGCGACCAGUAUUGUAGACAAAGAGGACGAAGGCUUCCUGAAAAAGAGGUUGACUAAGGAUAUCACUUACAGCGUCCUUGUAGACGCAGCGAACCGCAGCUGGCUGGGGAAAAAGAUGAGCGAAGUGGCCAUCAACAGCAUGGUGGAGGCCAUCCUGAACAUCAUGUGCAGCACCAACCCGCUGAAGUACCAGUGCUGCAUCGGAGCGCUGGGACAGAUCUUCGCCUCGUACCAGGUGUCCGCAACUCUGCGCGCCGAGACAGCCCACCGCCUGCUGGACGACACAUCGCACUCCAACCCGCAGGUCCGGGAACUGGCCUGGGAAGGGGUGAAGCGUCUCGGGAUGCUCAGUCACCUCUUUGCCUUGCCUCUGGCCCAGGGAUUAAUAGACAAGGACCAAAGGGUAAGGGAGAAAGCCCUAGUCUUAAUGCCUGAGACUGGAAUCGAUUCAAAGACCUCACUCUUAAACCUGCUGCAGAAACCAGACCUUUUCCGGGAUUUGCAGCAAGAGAUGAUUGGGGAGGAGUCCCUGGACAACCUUCUGGGGAUGCGGCCCGCGGACAUUCAGAUCCUCAUAGCUCAAAUAGAGAGGCGAUUAAGUGAAAAUCUGGGGAUGACCGGAGUAGAUAGGAAGCUGGAGGCUUUUUCCAAGCUCCCAGGGGCCUCUGCACCUAGUAAGGCCUUUGUAGCCAUCCCAAUUCCUGAAGAACCUGAAGUCAAGACCAGCAAAAGCCAAAAACGGGUCCGGGCAGUGAGCAAAAAACAUGCCCGGAAAUUAAUGCGAGUUUUCAGAAAGGCUAAAGAGUUGGCUAAAGAGAAGAAACGAGAGGAGAGUGAUGCAGGUGAAGCUGAAACUGUCCGCUCCAGUUCUUCAGCCACCACCUCCAGAGCCUCUGAAAUUACAGAGACAGAUAUUUUAAAGGAUCGUAUUUCUGUGGCCAUGAGGUUGAGGAAAAGGGCGAAAAUCCCAGAAAAGAAAGCUCCCAAACUCAUCAAGCACAAGAAGAAGAAGAAGGAAGGGGAAGAAGAAGAAGUGUACGCCACCGAGGAGCCUGCAGCCGAGCCUUCUCGUUCGAGGAGAAGGCUCAAGGCUUCCGGGCGGGGCGUUGGGGGAGCUCCCGGUAGGGCUCUCCCUGCAGAAAAUGCAUGGCGGGACGAUCUGUGCCGGCUUGUGAACCUGAGGAUGGCCGGUUCCGAAACAGGGAUAAUGACAGAUCUAAAUGAUGAGCUAGUGGCUACUGCUAAGGAGAUGCUGAUGGGCAAGUAUCCCAGCUGGGAAAUCUUUAAGGACAUCUGCCCCUUCCUGAAGGAUGAGCCUCAGGACACUAAGGCGGGAAUACCCCGGCAAAAGGAAAGACCAACUACAGGCAGAACAAUUAGAGACCAUAUGGUUGUCAAGGGUGAGAGAGAGAUGCCAGAGACUGCAGAAGAAAAGUUCCGAGGAGAAAAGGAAGUGACUCCCAAAAAGGACAAAGUUGCUUCCUUAGAACCAGGUGAUGUAGACAGAGUGCGAAAACUCAAGAAGGAGGAGAAGAAAGCUAAGAAGAAGGCGAAACUACGAGAAGAGCUGGCUAUGAUUCUGAGAUCAGAGAAAAUAGCCAAGCAAAAGGAGGUGGUGGAAAGGGUCGAAUCGGAAGAAAAAGCAGAGGAGGAAGACAGAAAGAUGUCUUGGGAAGAGUGGAAGACGUCCUGGAAUGAGUGGCAAGAACUCCAACGUCAAAAGACAGUACCUUGGGAGAACUGGAAGAAGACAUGGGACAGGAAGUAUUUCAGAGAACGGGAGAGGUUCAGGGCUGGAGAGAAGCUGCUGAAGAGUGAGGAGGGCAAGAAGAAGCUGACAUGGGACGAGUGGAAACAGAUCUGGGAAGACGUCAUGUCGAAGGUCCAAACUGAGGAGACACUGGGUUUGGGGGAAACAGUGUCUGUAGAAUCAGAGAAGGAAAAGACAGAGCCUCUCACAGCAAUGCAGAAACAGAUGCUAGAAAUACAGAGACAGGCCAGGUUAGAGUGGAAACAAGCGCGAUCUGAAAGGGAACGAGCCAAAGAGCAGAGAUUGCUAGCACAAGAAGAGGAGAAACUUGCACAAGAAGAGAAAAAGCUAGCCCAGGAAGAGAUGAAACUGGCCCAAGAAUAUGUGAAAAGGGCUUGGGCAUAUGAGAAAGUGGCCCACCUGGACGUAGCCCUCGGUGAGAAACAGGAGCGCCUGGCCAGAGAAGAGGAAAUUCUAAGCAAAGGAGCAGAGCAACUGGCUCAGAAAAAAAGGAAACUGGCCAGAGAGAUGGAGAAACUGUCUCACGAGGAAGAAAAAAAUGCAAAGAAAAGGGAGAAAAUGGCUGCGGUACAAGCAAUGUUGGCCCAAAAAAUGGAAACCGUGAUCCAAAAGGAACAGAGUCUUAUCCUGAAAGAAAAGGAGCUGAAAGAAGCAGCAAAGAGGAUAGAGUGGGAAAUCAGGGAGCUAGCUUGGAAAGAAGAUGAACUGAAUGAGGAAGAGGAAAGGCUGGCUCAGAGAUGGGAGAAACUGGCUAAAAAGGAGAUGAAGUUGGCCUGGCAGGAGGAGCAUCUGGCCAUGGAGGAGCGGAUGCUGGCCCAGGAGGAAAAACUGCUGAUUAAGGAUGAGGAAGCACUGGCCCAGAAGGAAGAGAGACUGCCAGAAGAAGAGAAGAGACUGCAGCUGAGGAGGGCGAGACUGAGAGAGAGGAAGGAGAACCUGGCCAAGGCGAAGGAGAUUCUGGCCCAGAAAAUGAAGGAACUCGAAGAAAAGAAGCAAAGACUCUCUGAGGAUGAAAAAACUCUAGCCUCGGAAAAGCACAUCCUCUCUCUGGAAAAAGAAAGGCUGGCUGAGAGGGGGAUGGCUCUCAGUAAGAGCGAAGAAAAAAUUCUCCAGGAAAAAGAGCAAGUACAGAAUGUAAAAAGCAAACUGGAGGAGUACAGGCAGAAACUGGAAAACUUAUAUGCGAAGCUGGAGGAGGACAAGGGGCUCCUCAUGGAGAGGAGAGCGAAGCUGGUUGAAGUAGAGAAGGAAGUGGAACAGGAAGAGAUGCUUCUGGCGGAAAAACAAGGGAACUUAGCCCAGGAGAAAAUGAAGCUAUCCGAUGAAAUCCAGAUGGUAAUACAGAGAAGCAAACUUUUCAGAGAGGAGACUGAGAUUGCUGAAGAAGGGACGGCCUUGAUGGGCGAAAUGGAGAAGGUGGUGAAGGAGAAGAUGAAGCUGGAAGAGGAGGAAAAGCUCUCUAGAAGAGGGACAGAAGAGAUCUCACAGCAGAAAAGACUCUCAAUAUCCAUGCUAGACAUGAUGAAGAAGAGAAUAUCCCUGGAGGAGAAGAUCCUAACCUACGAAGACAGACUGUUGGCCACAGAGGAAAUGAACGCUGCCAGGCAGGGUCUGGAGCUUGUCAGAGGCGAGAGAAUACAUGCCCAGGAAGAGAGGAAAUUAGCCAAAGCCGUAAGCAAACUGCAGAAGGAGAUAAGUGUUUCCAAGGUGCUAUCCCUGAGGAAAAGGUCCUUGAAGGAGCUUCAAAAGCUGGUCAUCAAAGAAAAGGCAAUGACCCAGAAAGAAAGAAAGAUGACAAAGUUAAAGCGGACACUGUUUGAUAAGGAGGUCGAACUAGGUAUGGAGGAGGAAAGGCUUGACAUGAAGGAGCUAGAUGCUUCUGAAGAACAGCCAGAAGUCAUCAAGGAUGAGAGGAAACUAGCUAAGAGUGAGAGAGAUGUGGCCGAGGAAAUGAGAAAACUGAGACGCCAAGAGCAAAUAGUUGCUAAGGAAGAACGUGAGUUUGACUGGACGCUUGUGGUGUUGCCAGAUGAUCAGGAAGACAUCGAGAUAGGCCCUGAGGAAGGCCCCGAGUCAGAGGAGGAAACCGAAGACUAUAGAAAAUCGUGGAAGAGGAGAGAAGGGCUGACAGAGCCUCUUUCUGGAGUGGAAAGGUUUCGCAGUAUAUUUAAACGGGUACAACGUAAAGAGGGCUUUUCUCAUGUAGUCAAACGCCUGGUAAGUGAAGUCCAGAGAGAGAGUUUGUCUGAAGAUGAAAGGGAAGAGGAGGAGAAGGAGGAGGAGGAAGUGGAGGAGGAAGAGGAGGAGGAGAAAGUGGAGGAGGAAGAGGAGGAGGAGGAGAAAGUGGAGGAGGAAGAGGAGGAGGAGAAAGUGGAGGAGGAAGAGGAGGAGGAGGAGAAAGUGGAGGAGGAAGAGGAGGAGGAGAAAGUGGAGGAGGAGGAGGAGGAAGAGGAGGAGGAGGAGAAAGUGGAGGAGGAAGAGGAGGAGGAGGAGAAAGUGGAGGAGGAAGAGGAGGAAGAGAAAGUGGAGGAGGAAGAGGAGGAAGAGAAAAAAAAGGUGGUAUUAAAAAGAGAAAAGCCUAAAGUACAGAAAGAAAGACGUAAGGUACCACCAAGAAAGAAAGUGUUCCCUCCCAUUGGACUAGGAAUCACUGAGCUCAGAGGGGGCAUUAUAAAGCUGGCAUCACGAGAAACGCUUCCUUGGAAACCAAGCCCAGCAUUUGAGGAGGUGGAAAAGAAGAGACCAUUUCUACUAGAAGAAAAACAAAUGUUCAGGGAAGAAAUGCCCAGAGCAUUUGAGAGAUCCAAGAAAUCCCUAAAGACAAAGAUGACGGAUAAAGAGAGGCAACUGUUGGAGAAAGGUGAGCUGGGACCUCUGGACAUUCUGGAUGCGAUGGCAGAGUACGAAAAGCCAGCAGCGUUAAAACCGUUCACAACUCAAAUGGUCACACAGGCCCUGGACGCCCACAGACUCCACAAAACGUCACAAGCCAGGAAGUGGCUUUUUCAGCACCAUCCUCCCCGGGUGGGAAAAACAGUGGGCCCGCUGCCCCUGCCUGAGAUCUUGACAGAGGUGCAGCGAUCAGAAUCAGGCAUCUCCAUCUCAGAGAUAGAGUGGCUCCAUCGCGUCUUGAAACAGAUGGCGGCGGGAGAAGAACUUCCCAGAGACCACUUCCACAGACUGUGUGGGCUCCUCAAGGACCUCACCUCAACGGGUGACCUGGAGUGGCUGCACCUGGCAGUCCUUGAAGCCAUUGUGCACCGUCACAAGCAGAUUGUGGACUCUCGGAGCACAGUGACUCCAAAACCUAGCAGGGAACCCAUGAGCCCCAAACAUCUGAAAGUGAUUCCUCCCAUAAAGGGAAAGGAAAAGGAAAGCUGGCUGAAACCUUCAGCUGUCCCCGCACCAGGGUCCCCAUUAGCUACCAAAAGGGUUGCAGACCCAAAGGCUAGAUCCUGGCAUCUUCUCGGAGAACCAUACAGAAGUGCCCGGCUGCAGCAGUUAUCCAGUGCUCUUGAGGAGAUGGAGACACAGUCUUUUGAUCCUACCACGAGAGAGCUUUUGGCCAGUGUCCAUUCUUCAGUAAACGAGCAGACCCUGGCACUAAUGCUUCAAAGAGACUUAGGGGAUCUUAAAGGUAAAAGCAGGUAUCCCAAACUGCCUAAGCUGGAGAAAAGGCCUAUCUCCCCCCAAAAGGAAGAGGUGCCUCCAUGGGAGACGUUUGUGGCACUCUACUAUGUUUUGCGGAUGCUACAGCAGCGGCAUGCCGAAGACAGGGCUGCCUGGAUGGAAAACUUUUACCAGCUCAUGGACCUGUACCAGGUUAAGUCCCCCCGAAUCCAGAGGCUGCUGCUGGACCUGCUGCUGACACAAGUGCCUCAGGCCCGAGAAAUUGUCUCUGAAAAGACUCUGAAGGCCGUGGAGCUGGUGCCUGGGGAGCGGCUGUUGUACUGUCUGGUCUGUGGUAGCUCCCACGCCCCCUACAUCGCUGUGGAGCUCCGGGGCGUCGUGCCCCUCCCUGAACAGAAUAACGUGCAGACCAUUCGUCCCAAAGGCAUCGCCAACUAUGGGAUCCUGGAGCUUGCCUGGAAGAGCCUGCCCCAAGCCGAUACGCACCUCAUCAAGAGAGCCCCUCAUGUUACUGUUCCCACGCCCUAGCUAGGGCCUGCCGAAGGUCAGGAGUUUUCAUUCUCCACUGGAGAAGAGCCUGGCCAUCAGGAGCUAGACCUUCAUCUUGAGGGCCCACACAGAGGUGGAGCAAGGUCAAAGUUGUUCGCUUUUUCCUACCCAGCUCUAGAAGCCGGUUCCCGUGUGUGGAAUAGAGAAGGUUCUCGUUUGCAACAAACUUUGAUGUGUCCCUUCAACCCACAUGUUGUCUCUC